GUGUGUCUCUCAGUGUGUUGCCCAUGUAUCUGGGUGAGAUCUCUCCUCGGCAGGUGCGUGGGUCCAUCGGUCAGUUUCACGCCAUCUUCAUCUGUCUGGGUGUCUUCAUCGGUCAGGUGUUGGGGCUGCCGGAGAUAUUCGGACAGGAGAACAGGUGGAACUUCCUGUUUGCGUUCCUGGCGGUUCCUGCGCUGCUGCAGCUCUGCGUUCUGCCCUUUCUGCCCGAGAGCCCCAGAUUCCUGCUGAUGGAGCGACGAGACGAGGCCGGAGCAGAGAAAGCGUUCCAGGCGUUUCUGGGCCGCACAGACGUGAGCGCUGAACUAGAGGAGGUUCAUGCUGAGAGUCGAGCACAGAACACACAGCAGACGGCGUCAGUGCUGGAGCUCUUCCGCACACACACACUCCGCUGGCAGCUGAUCACCGUCAUCACCGUCAUGAGCUGCUAUCAGCUGUGUGGACUGAAUGCUAUCUGGUAUUACACUAACGGGAUCUUCGAGGAGGCCGGCUUCGAGAAAACACUGAUCCCCUACAUCACACUGAGCACCGGCGGCAUCGAGACACUGGCGGCCAUCAUAUCAGUGGUGUCCCGUUUGUGUUGACUGGAGAGCUGUUUGAGCAGAAGUAUCGUCCGGCUGCAUUCAUGAUCGCAGGAAUCGUCAACUGGCUCUCAAACUUCGCUGUGGGACUCCUGUUCCCCUUCAUACAGGAGGCGCUGCAGACGUUCGCGUUCCUGCUGUUUGUGGUGGUCUGUGCCGCCGGUGCGGUUUACCUGCUCAUCGUCCUGCCGGAAACCAAGAACAAGACCUUUGUGGAGAUCAGCCGGAGCUUCGGGAAGAUCAACGGCGUGCAGGAGCAGACUCUGGAGCGCGAGAUGAAGAACGUGCUGGACUGCGAGACCGCCAACGGGCUGAAGGGUGGAGGCGUGGAGGCGGAGAGCAGCUUCUGAAUGGAGUUCAGAUCCUGCAGGCAGAAGAUCAUGAUCUGAGCACACAAGCUGACCUGCCGGACGUGAGUCAGCUCAGUGUUGUGUGUUGUGUGUUGUGUGUAUGCAGCGUCAGCACACUCAACAUUAACUCAGCUAUACUAUAUGACAGAAAUACAGCCAAUCAGAGGCUUGCUCUAUUCUGAUUGGCUUACUUGAUCAUACUGUAACUCUGGGCUUAUGUUGAGUCGAUGCUGCACAAGAACCUCAGCACAGAUGAGACACACUCAGCAGCUCAUUUCAUCUGCUCAAAACAUGAUCAUUGCUCCAUACUUUAGAAGGGUGGAGGCAGAGAGGUGGAGAUCUGCUCCUGAAGAUGCUGUUAAAGCUGAAUCUCCUGCUACGCAGACACACACACACACACACACACACCUGAACACACUCACUGGAGGAGCAACAUGACCGAUUCAUCAGCCCAAAGACGAAGCUGACCCACAGCAGGAUCUGCACUGUACACACACUUUUGUGUUCUGUGUGACAAUUUGAGUCAUGCAAAAGCAGUUUUCAGGCAUACACUUUACUGAAUAUCUUCAUGGAGCAUCGUCUAAACUCAAUAUUCUAAUCAAUUUUAGCAUUAAAGAAUUAUUUAGCAUUUUGAUCCAUACAGUGAGUUUUUAGAUAUCACCAAAAUAUACCAGAGAACAGAAAACACCAUCACAUGAGAAUCAACGACAGAUGCAUCUGCUCCAAUAUAUCAGCCAGAUUAUAUAUAGAUAUAUAAAUGAAUAAGAUAUCUGUGUGUUCAUUAAAUAGAAUUACUUUGAACAUAAUAAAUAGAUUAAUCUUAAACUAUAAUUACAUAUUUAUAAUCAUUUUGCUUUUCCAGUAGGUGUGUCUAUUUAAGAAUAUUUCAAAUUUUGUACUUGAAAUAAAAACAUAAACAAAAGAACAAAGAAACAUUA